GUGAGAAAAUUUGUGAGGCGUCCGAAGCGAAGUUGAACAAACCCCAGCUCAUCUCACGAAGAUCUCCUCAAAGCGGUGGCCAAAAAGCGCGCAAUCGAAGCGAUUCACGACCAGCCCUCAUCGUAGCGCCUCGUGGUCAGAGUGCAACGGCCAUAGCCCACGCGCGUCCUCGACAGAUAAACAAGGACGCGACGCGUCACCCCUCCCGGACGGUUGAGAUGGAUGAGAUGGAUAAACCCAAGAGUGCGUCGACUAUGCAGAAGGAGGAGCUCGUCUGCAUAUUUGAAGAGUAUCAGCAAAAUAACAAGCUAGAGAAGCUGGACGACAGCAAAGAGCGUUCCCGGUUUUGGACGGCGGCCACCUCACGCCUGAACAGGAUUGAGGGCGGCACUUCGAAAUCCCUCUCCAAAUGGGUCAAGUACUGGGCGGACGUUAUCAUUAACCUGCGCCGUAAGUGUCGUCUCGUGGUGGAAGGACGGUCUCGCAAGGUCCCGCCAACGCCACUGGAAGUGCGCAUCCUGCGAGCCAGCAGCAACUACGAUGUGCUCGAACAGUGGAUGAAGGCGGUAGAUCAACACAACAACGCGGUCGACAUAUCGCUCAGUGGAGGCGAAGAGUACUACCCAGAGGAUACCGGGGUGCAGAAGGAGGAAAUUGUGGUCGAAGACUUUACCGACGAUCCGCUCGAUGAAGAGGAACAGUAUGUGACGGGCUACACCACGACCAAGUCCGACAUCGAUUCGAACACAUCGCAAAUCAUCACGACCGAGCUGCACAUCCGCAAGCCUUCGAUCGAGGAACUAAAAAACUUAACCACCACCGUUGGCGUCGGCACGACCAUCACAGCGGAAACGCCGGAAUACGUGGAACUGACGACGGUUAACGCGGAAACCUGCGAGUUUCUGCGCCCCAAGCAGUCCCUCCAGCACCAGCCGGAGCGAUUAAAGGAAAACCUGAAACGCAAUAGUGAGAAGCUCGAGACAGUGAUGAAGAAACGGAAAAUCGAAGACUCCAAGUAUGCCAUCGCCCAAGCGCUCACCAACAUGUCAUCGGCCGUACUAGCCCUGUCGCAUGGACUUAACGAUCUCGCGAAUGCCCUCAUGAACGACGUGCUGUAGCAGCCUCCGACGGUGUGUGUGGGCGUGUGUGCCCUC